CACAAUGUUACAACCCAGACUGUUAGCGCCCUUCCGGGCGCUCGAACGCACAUUUGCUUCGUCCCUCCGCUCGUCGCAGGCGAUACACCACCCGCCUCGAUCUUCGCUACUCUUCCAACGCACACCCAUCUCCGCACCGUCUCCGAUCUCGAAAUUCCUCCUCCCUCUUUCUCAUGUCCGUCACGCCUCUCACGCCACUCAGGGUACUGCAAACCGACACUCGCGUGAUCCUGCUGGGAAGCGACUCGGCGCGAAGAAAACCGGUGGUGAAUAUGUUGUCCCCGGUUGCAUUAUCUUCCGACAGCGCGGAACGAAGUGGUUCCCCGGCGAGAAUUGUGCGAUGGGCAGAGACCACACCAUCUACGCCACAGAGGCUGGCUACGUGAGAUAUUACCUCGAUCCCGAGCGGCAUCCGGACCGGAAGUACAUUGGUGUCUGCUUCGAGAAGGAAGGAAAGCUGCCCACACCGCGGAACGCCCCGACGAGACGGAAGUUGAACAGAAUCGCUGUCCCUCGCAUCCCUGAUGGCCCCGAAGUCGUUGCUCAGUCAGAUUUGGUUGCAACUGUUGAAGAGGGCACGAUGGUCUCCAGCGUGGAGGCCGCCAAUGCCGCCACAGGCCCCAGCUGCGUCCUGGAUACAUGUACCGUGAGGCGAACUGGCAGAUUGGCCGCGCCGCUGAGAAGGCCGGCAUCACCGCCAAGCCCUAUAGGCGCAAGAAUCGUUGGCUGGCCUGGAGAAAGAGGCAGGCUAGAGCCGAACGUGCUGCCCAGAUGAAGAGCCUUAAGAGCAAGAAGAAGGCCGCGAAGAAGGGCAAGGGUGGCCGUUAGUUGAUCGAUAAGUUCUCUUAUCUUCAGCAACAUAUUAUCAGAGCUCUUUGUAUGACACAUUCGCAGGGUUUUAAGGUGUUUCUUGUAUUAUAGAUCGUCACAUGCUCCAAAUUACAGAUUGUAUGAUGUGUCCGAGUCUUCGAAGAAGCAGCAGACAGGGAUCAGAAUUGUAAACCUGAAUUGUAUUUAUCUCUGUUUAGUUUGUUCCAAAGAGCGAGAAGUAGGUGCUCUGCCAAGAAACACGCGUUUGGAUAAGUAUAGCAGAAAAAUGCAGGGGUAUCUGUACAGGUCUAGAGCAUUGGCGGCUCG